AUGAUGCUUCUUUCUUCUAGACUACUAUCACGUUUGAGGCAGUUCCAACGUUUGUCUCUCCCAACUGCAAGGUACUUUUCAACCCAAAUCCCUCAACUUCGACUGAAGAACGCUCCAAAGAAGAGGAUUGGUGCACAAAAGUUGCGUAGGACUGAUCCUGCUUUUCAAAAUGAAUCAGCGAGCUAUAUUCUUUCGCUCUUGGACAGGAACAAGGAAAGCCAAACCUCGAAAACAUUGGAGAAUUAUCUAUCAAUUGUUACUUCGGUAACUGUGGGUGAUGCAAUCAACUUUGAUAAAGUAGUUGAUGCUAUUCAACUGGAGUAUAAAUACGAAGUAAUAGUACCUGAUGAGGUGAUAAACAUUGAAGUUUCAUCAAAAAAUCUCAUGGUUUUAUCCAAUGGAACUUUAGUGGGAUGGGAUUUCACCGAAGAUGAGAUAAUCAACAAAUUAUUGCCAAAGAUUGAAGACGCAGUAGAGUCCAAAUUCAGUGACUUUGAAAGUGAAGAGUUAGAUUGGAUAGGAUUAACCCAUUUGCCAAAAGAGCCAUUAAACAAUGGUAACAGUUAUUUACAUGGUGAAAUUUUGGUGGUGCAAGGAAACAAUCCCGACAAAAGGUUACUAGAUAUGGCAGCAUUUGCAAUUGGACUCAGCAGAUCUACGAGGUUAUCCAUCUUGGAAGCCCAAUUGGACGAAUUCCUCACCUUCACUAGAAAAAAUUCGGAAAUUUUAUCGAGUGGGAAACGGAUUCCAUCAACGGAACAAGAAUUGUUGCGUAUAACAGGAAGGUUGUUCUUAUUGAGGGGGAAAUUGAAUCUCUAUUCAGAAUUGAUUGAAACUCCCGAUUUAUAUUGGAGUGAACCCUUUUUGGAGAAAAUAUACAACAAUGUAUCCAAAAUACUUGAUAUAAAUUCAAGAAUAUCCAUCAUGAAUAGAAAAUUAGAUUAUGCAACGGAGGAGCAAAGAGCCUUUCUUAGUGUUUUGAAUGAAAAGAAGUCAACCAGGUUGGAAUGGAUUAUUAUAUUGCUAAUAAUGGUUGAAGUGGUGUUUGAGAUACAUCAUUAUUAUGAGAGAUAUGAAGAUAAAAGGGAAAAAAAGAGAGAGAUUUAG